UCUUGAUUCUAAAAAGAUUGGAGUCAGCACAGUUCCCCCACCCCCUGCUCUCCCCGUCUCAUCAUCAGCAGUGGGGGCAGGCACUGUGCUGCAAUCCUCCAAUCCUCUCUCCUUCCCUCCCCCCUCUCUCUCUCCUUCAGACCGCUCUUUCCCUGAGUGCAUCAGGAGCCUGCAGAGGAGCGGUGGAGGAUGACUGGCGCUAUCAGGGGCACCCUGCUCUGGCAUGCUUGGAGGACGCCACAACCCAGGAGAGGAUUUUGAGACGGAGCGAGAGAGCCUGCCAACCACUGGCCAACGCCAACACAGCACGAGAGAGAGAGACAGCGAGAGGAGGGUGGGGGUCCACCUUUACCAGAGAAAGAAGAAGAGCAAGGGAGAAAAAAUUAAGUGAGAGUGCAAGUGAGGAAGAAUGUGAAAGAAAGGAAAAAUACCCCAAAAGAAAGCCAGCGCAAAAAACGGAGAGACCCAAAAAAGAAAAUGGUGCAUGAAUAAUAAGGGCAACUUAACACCCCCCAGAUUUGACUUGACAAUCACUCUCUCCAGCCUGCUGUUCUGAAAAAAAGAGGGGGAAGCAAGUGAGAGGGCUGGCCGAGGGAAGGAGAGAGGACGAAAAGAGCAAGAUGACGGAGUGAAGCGAUGGAGAGGAUCAGAUGUGUGUGAAUGAGUGAUGGUCUUGACGAAGAUCCAUACAGGAUCAAAACUGUGCCCUUCCAUUUAGCCCUCAUUAUGCUCCCCCACGCCCCGUUGGCCUGCCUCUUCCUGCUCCUCCUGUCGGGGGUGCUGGGGGGGCUGGUCCUGUCUAUCUGCCCUGCCGUGUGCUCCUGCAGCCGGGGCCACCGUGUGGUGGACUGCUCCUCACGGCACCUCUCACAGCUGCCCCCAGGCCUGCAGCAUAACAUCCGCUUCCUCAACCUCUCACACAACAGCCUUUGUGGUCUGGACGACCAGCUCGGCCACUACGCCCACCUGCGUACCCUGGACCUGUCCUAUAACCUCCUGGGUCGCUUCCCCUCCGGCCUGCCCAGGGCCCUCUGGGACAUCCGGGCCGCUGGCAACCAGCUCCGAGCACUGGACAAGAACGACACGGCCUACCAUUGGAACCUGAGGGUACUGGACCUGUCAGCCAACGAGCUGGAGAGGGUGGUCUUCAUCAACAACACCCUACCCAGCCUACACGCCCUAAACUUGAGUCACAACCGGUUCUGGACCGUGCCCACCAACAUGCCUCAUAAUCUGGAGAUGGUGGAUUUGUCCCACAACUACCUGGUUCAGAUCCUCCUGGGAUCAUUGGACCGGCUGCCCAGGCUGAGGAGGUUCUACCUGCAUGCUAAUCGCUUCUCCUGGGUGCCGGAGGGGGUAUUUGACCGGUUGGAGGGGCUCGAGUUGUUGACACUUGGGGAUAACCCUUGGGCUUGUGAAGAGGAGGAGAACAUCACACGGCUCUUGCUCUGGGCCAAACACACCCGUGCUGCCGUGUUGGGCUGCCCCUGCUACACUAGGCCAACAUGUGGACAAGCCCAUCUGGCCACACCAGGAGGGGAGUGGCACUUUACGUCCCACACAGAGCCUCCACUGGGGGCUGAUGACAGAGAGCUGGGCCGUGGAGACCUCACACCGGAUAGAGCUGCAGUCGUCACUUCUGGGUACAUGGCUAAGUCUGCGUUGUUGGAGCCUGGGACGCAUGGAGACAGAGGGUCUGCCAAUAGCUCGGGGGACCAGACAUCGUUUGUGUUCAUCUCCACCCCCUUGCACGGCCUCUCCACACGCACAAGCACUACAGGGCACCCGCACUCCGCCGCCAAGAAGCCCAACACAGGAAGCACGCAGAGCAGAAGCCACGGACUCCACACACCAAUCCUGUAUUCUGUAGUCACCUGGAACCUUCUAGUCACGGUGACUGCCUUCAAAGCCUUUUAAACCCACACGUUGUCAGUACUAGAGUCAAGUCUUGAUGGAUUUUGGAGAGGGCUAACCCUAUGUACGUAUGACCCAGAAUGUAAAAGGGAGAGGUUUGUUAUUGUUUUUAUUUUAAAGAACAACUUUCAACUGUUACUGCCUAAAUGUGUAUCCUCUCUCAUCUUCCAACCAUUUGACCAACAUCUACAGAGUGAAGUUGUGCUGUAUGGCUACAUCUUUCAAACUUGCAUACAAAUAAUAUCUAGGCAAAUGUAUACACAUAGUGCUUCGGAAAGUAUUCAGACCCCUUUUUACACAUUUUGUUA